AUGCGCAUCAAAGCAUGUCUGCAACAGGUCGAAAACUUGCUAGUAUUAAUACGGAAAUGCCCCUCGACUCAACCCAAACCAACACGCGAUUUAGCUCAAGGUUACAUUUUGCGCAAAAAAACAAGUUUUUUUCUUGUGAUGGAGGCCUAUCGCAAAACAUUUGUUUGGAGUUUUGUGCCAGCUUACAUUUUGAAGGAAAAAAUGUCGAGAGUCAGGCAGUGCGAUAUCAAAUUAGUACUCUACUAUUGUCUAUUCUACAUUUUUGGUGCAUUUACGCAAAGCAUAUUACGAAGUUCACAUCGCACCUCUGUGUAA